AUGGGACGUUGGGAAGUGCUUUCCGAUUACGAGAAGGGACAGAUCGAUGCCUACAAGAUCGACAAGAAGAUCUCAUCACUACCAAAUCUCCAAUUCACACCAAAGUUUGAGCAAUACUCCGGAUAUCUCGAUGAGAAAUUAUUUUAUUGGUAUUUCACUUCACAAUCUGCAGAAGCUGACAAUAAUUUGAUCAUUUUCUUGAAAGGAGAGCUUGGUUGCUCACCGAUUGCCUCGAUUUUCAAAGAAUUCGGCCCAUAUCGAAUCGGCAAAAAUGGUGUUGAGGAGAAUGUUUAUUCGUGGACAAAACUCGGUCAUUUACUCUUUAUCGAUUUGCCAACUGGGAGCGGGUUCUCUCAAAAUAUCACCACAUUCACAAAUGCUGAGGUA